GCAAGUGUGCAGAACAACAUUAUGGGGCGCUGUUUGGAAGCCAAGUAGGGUUGUUUGGCAGCUAAUGAUUCAGAAGUCUGGGAGAGGCUAAAGUGCACUUGGCUGAGAGUUCCUGCGGUUGUAACACAGAAAAUUAAGAGGCUCGUCAACCUGGCAGUAGCUGGCAACAAAGCUCUUGGAUUGAGAUGGAUCUUUUGAGAAUCAGCUUGCUUCUGGUGCGCUGCACAGUUGCUGCAGCAGCCACAGGCUCCUUUUGGCACAUUACAGACCUCCACCUGGACCCUCAGUACAAAGCAGUGCCAGACCCUCUAGGGGUGUGCCCAUCUGCUGGCUCCCAGCCAGUGGCCGGUGCGGGGGCUUGGGGUGAUUACUUAUGUGAUGCUCCCUUGAUUCUCGUCAACUCUUCCAUCUAUGCCAUGAAGAGCAUUCUCCCCAACCCAGAUUUCAUUCUCUGGACCGGGGAUGAUACUCCACAUGUUCCGAAUGAAAAACUGAGUGAAGAAGCUGUGCUGGACAUAAUCAGACAACUAACUGACCUGAUCAAACAGGUAUUUCCAGACACUCAGGUCUAUCCUGCAAUGGGCAACCAUGACUUCCACCCCAAAAACCAGCUGCCAGCUGAGAACAACACGAUUUACAGUGGACUGGCAGAACUGUGGCGCCCGUGGCUGAGCAACUCCUCGAUCCAUACGUUCAAAGAAGGUGCUUUCUACAGUGAAAAGCUGUCUGGUUCUGGCCCAGCAAGGCGGAUGGUUGUCCUCAACACAAACCUAUAUUAUGAGAAUAACAAUCAAACCAUCAGCUCAAAGGAUCCAGGAGGCCAGUUUCAGUGGCUGGAAGAGACGCUUGCCAAUGCAUCGAAAGCAGAAGAAAAGGUCUAUAUUAUUGGCCACGUCCCACCCGGCUUCUUUGAAAAGAAGCGAGGAAUGCCAUGGUUCCGAGAGCGCUUUAAUCAACGAUAUACAGAAAUCAUCCAGAAGCAUCACACAGUGAUUGUGGCACAGUUCUUUGGGCAUCAUCACACAGAUAGCUUUAGAAUUUUUUACAGCGAUGGAGGUUCUCCAAUAAGCGUCAUGUUUUUAGCUCCAGCUGUCACACCAUGGAAGACAACCUUGCCUGGGGUGCACAAUGGAGCCAACAAUCCCGGCAUCCGGGUCUUCAUGUAUGACCAAGAGACCCUAUUGCUGAAGGACAUGGUGACUUAUUAUCUAAACCUCACCCAUGCUAACUUGGGGGUCCCCAAAUGGGAGAAAGAGUACAGCCUGACAGAAGCUUUCCAAGUCCCUGAUGGCUCGGUCCAGUCCAUGCAUCUGUUGCUAGAGAAACUCACAAAGGACAACCACCAUCUUCAGCAGUACUACCGGUAUAACUCUGUUCAGUAUGACCUCACGGACUGUGACAGCAGCUGCCAGACCGACCAUAUCUGUGCCAUUCAGGAAGUCGAUUUUGCAAAAUACAAGCAGUGUGUUAAAGCCAGAAGUGGUGCGGUGGCAUCUUCAGCCCCACCAUUGAGCCUGCUCUUCUUUUGUUUGGCCAUGGGGCUCUGGAGUAUCUUUAGCACACGGGAACAUGCCAGGAAUGAGGGAAAAUAGUGGAAUUUAACACACGCACCCAGGGCUUUUAUUCCUGGAAAAAGAGGUGCCAGAACUCAUAAGAGAGAAAUGAAGGAAAAACUCAUGGGUGCCCCUCAUGAACUUUCUUUAAAAAGAAUUUUGUUUCCAUGAAGAGCUUCCGGAACUCUGUUCCGCUGCAUUCCACCAGGAAAAAAGCCCUGCACACGCCCCAUUAAAGCAGACAAGUCCCUUUGUUGUUGCAGAAACUGGCCUGAAAACAUGUCUUUAUCACUUGGUGAAAACGUGAAAUCAAAGACUUUUGGAAAGGGAUUGUAAGUUUUACAGUAGAGAAGCACAUUCAGCUGAUUUUAAUAUAACAGACUUUGGAGCAUGAUUCCUCCUAGAUAAAGCCCACUGAUCUAUGACAAUAUUUCCUGUUAACAAUGCAGACUUAACGAGUAAUAUUGUUAGGUUGGGCACUUUUUUCCUCAAUAGCAACCUCCCCCCCCCCCCCCCCGCAAAAAAAAAUCAGUUGUUUGAAUACCUUAGCUAAAUUCUACAACUUCCGAUUAAUCAAAACGGCAGUUUUGCAAUAUUCAUGUUCAUUGCUGUAUGGCCAUAUUUUCAGAUAUCGUCAGUGCUUUCACCCAUGCUAAAUAAUGCAGUUUCAGUCCACUUCGGUGACUGUUUACAAGUGCAGUAAAAUCCAGUUGCAAAGUGUGUUGAAAGUGGAAAGUGUGUUAUUGAGUGUGAAAGCACCUAUGGGGAUAGUAAACACAAAGCCCCCCCCUUCAGUCUUGUGUUCACUGUAUAGCUAAUUAAUCAUCUCUCCUCUGUGAGGAGAAAGAGCCAAACUUUAUCUCACCUGGGAGUGUUCAGACCACAACACGGAAUUAUUGUGGAUAAAAUAAAUGCACCUUUCCAAAGACUUAAAA